UCCCAGUGGGCUUUCUGCACCGCAGUGUUUUCUGGGAUGGGAACCACGCCGCUUCCCAGCAUCGGUGUGUGGAGGGAAGCGCGGACCUUUCAACAAGAGCUUUAUUAAAUCUCACGCUGGGACCCUGAAAGGCGAUGGAGGUGGCCGCUAACUGCUCCCUACGAGUGAAGCGUCCUCUACUGGAUCCCCGCUUCGAGGGUUACAAGCUGUCUCUCGAGCCACUGCCCUGUUACCAGCUGGAGCUAGACGCAGCUGUGGCAGAAGUAAAACUUCGUGAUGAUCAGUAUACGCUGGAACACAUGCAUGCUUUUGGAAUGUAUAAUUACCUACACUGUGACUCGUGGAAUCAAGACAGUGUCUACUACAUUGAUAACCUUGGAAGAAUUAUGAAUUUAACAGUGAUGUUGGACACUGCCUUAGGAAAACCACGUGAAGUAUUCCGACUUCCUACAGAUUUGACUGCGUAUGACAAUCGUCUUUGUGCAUCUCUCUACUUCACGUCUUCUACCUGGGUUACAUUGUCAGAUGGAACUGGAAGGUUGUAUGUCAUUGCAACAGGCGAACGUGGAAAUAGUGCUUCUGAAAAAUGGGAGAUUAUGUUUAAUGAAGAGCUUGGGAAUCCUUUUAUCAUAAUUCACAGUAUCUCAUUGCAAAAAAUGGAAGAACAUUCAAUAGCUAUCCUACUUCUUCGAAUAGAGAAAGAGGACUUGGAUAUGAAAGGAAGCGGUUUUUAUGUUUCUUUGGAGUGGGUCACUAUCAGCAACAAAAAUAAAGAUACUAAAAAAUAUGAAAUCAUUAAGCGGGAUACUCUCAGUGGAAAGUCGGUGCCACAUUAUGCAGCUAUUGAGCCUGAUGGAAAUGGUCUCAUGAUUGCCUCCUACAAAUCCUUCCAGUUUGUUCAGACUGGUCAAAAUUUUGAAGAAAAUAUGGAUGAGGACACGUCAGAGAAAAUCAAAGAACCUCUGUAUUAUUGGCAACAGACUGAAGAUGAUUUGACAGUAACAAUAAGGCUUCCAGAAGACAGUAGGAAGGAAGACAUUCAAGUACAGUUUCUGCCAGAACACAUCAACAUUGUGCUGAGGGAUCAGCAGAUUUUGGAAGGAAAGCUCUAUUCAUUGAUUGAUCAUGAAAGCAGUACAUGGAUAAUUAAAGAAAAUAACAGCUUGGAGAUUUCCUUGAUCAAGAAGAAUGAAGGAAUGACAUGGCCUGAGCUAGUGAUUGGUGAUAAACAAGGGGAACUUAUAAGAGACUCAGCCCAAUGUGCUGCAAUAGCUGAACGUUUGAUGCAUUUGACAUCAGAGGAACUGAAUCCAAAUCCAGAUAAAGAAAAACCUCCUUGUAAUGCUCAAGAGUUAGAAGAAUGCGAUAUUUUCUUUGAAGAGAGUUCCAGUUUAUGCAGAUUUGAUGGCAAUACAUUAAAAACUACUCAUGUGGUGAGCCUUGGAAGCAACCAGUACCUUUUCUCUGUCGUAGUAGAUCCUAAAGAAAUGCCCUGUUUCUGUUUGCGCCAUGAUGUUGAUGCCCUACUCUGGCAGCCGCACUCGAGUAGACAAGAUGAUAUGUGGGAGCACAUCGCAACAUUCAAUGCUUUAGGCUAUGUACAAGCAUCAAAAAGAGACAAAAAAUUUUUUGCCUGUGCUCCAAAUUACUCCUAUGCAGCCCUGUGUGAGUGCCUCCGUCGCGUAUUCAUCUAUCGUCAGCCUACCCCCAUGUCCACUGUACUUUACAACAGAAAGGAAGGCAGGAAAGUAGGGCAGGUUGCUAAGCAGCAAGUAGCAAGCCUAGAAACCAAUGAUCCUAUUUUAGGCUUUCAAGCAACAAAUGAGAGAUUAUUUGUUCUCACUACCAAAAACCUCUUUUUAAUAAAAGUAAAUACAGAGAAUUAAUUAUUCCAACAUGUUGGCUUCUCUGCACCAGAAAAGUAUUCAGUGGUAGCUAGAGGCUGGGCGAUUAUUCUGUAACCUGUUAAGUUUUAAUGAUGAAAAAUAUCUUGUAUGAAUUUUUAAUUUUUUAAAGGAUACUAGAAAUGUAUUCAAGAAAUUAUGAUUCUGUAAGAGCUAUGGAAUGAAGCUGCAGAUUUAGAGAACAUUUUCUUCUGUAAAAAAUAUAUAGGGAUAGUGUCAAUGAGUAUAAUUAUUUUUAAGAAACAAGAUAAAAUCUCAUUGUUUAUAUGAAAGAUAUACAACUCCAUGUUUAAAAAUAAAAAUACUUCUCAUGUACUCUUUGUUCAUUGAUUAGUUGGUACACUGUAUACCUUUAGAAUAUAGGAUAACAGUUAAAAUUUUGAGUCUUGUUACACUGAAUAGCUGAAUCUCUGUAGGAAUGCAAGAUACAUGGCUUCUUCCCAUGCAUAAUAGAGGAAACUUUCCAAAAGAGUGUGCUUCAUAACAGGAGCUUAUCAGCUUUAUCAGGUGUACUCUAUCACAUUUGUUAAUGUCCCAUUGGACGAAGCUAGUCACCUGGCCAAGUCUAGAGGAGACUCCACAAGCAGACAGACAGCAGGAGGUCUAACAUACUGGGGGAGUCACUGAUGUGACAGUGUACUACAAAAGGGCCAAGAUAUACUUUGUGCUUGAACUUCUCAUUUUUCUGACUGGUUUAACAGAAACAGUCUUGUUUAUACAUUAAAUCUGUUUUACCAUAAA